UCAUCGCCGUCAAUACAGUGCCAACCAUCGACGGGAUCGGUUCACAGUAUUGUGCGUGGUUUCCCGGCUUCCCCCUUCAUUUCUCUUUGUUAAGUUUAGUUUUAUAGUAGGCGAGACGUCAGCUUUUUAGAACAUAAAUUUAAUAAAUCAGCGGUAAGAGCUGAUUUAGUGCUACGAUUGUUUCAUAAUGAAGCUAUUUAUUGUGCUUAGUGUGCUUCUGGCCGGUGUCCUCGCUCAAGAUGGACCCAAAGUCACCGAUAAGGUCUUCUUCGACAUCACGAUCGGUGGCAAGCCGGAAGGUCGCGUUGUGAUUGGCCUGUUCGGCGGUACCGUUCCAAAGACUGCCAAGAACUUCAAAACUCUCGCCGAGAAUGCGGAAGGUGAAGGCUACAAGGGCAGCAAGUUCCACCGCGUCAUCCAGGACUUCAUGAUCCAGGGCGGUGACUUCACCCGAGGCGAUGGCACCGGCGGACGCUCGAUCUACGGUGAGCGCUUCGCCGACGAGAACUUCAAGCUGAAGCACUACGGAGCCGGAUGGCUGUCGAUGGCCAACGCCGGCAAGGACACCAACGGAUCGCAGUUCUUCAUCACGGUCAAGCAGACCAGCUGGCUGGACGGACGCCAUGUUGUGUUCGGUAAGGUGCUGGAGGGAAUGGACGUCGUGCGGAAGAUCGAGAAGACCAAAACCGACGGACGUGACCGGCCGGUGGAGGAUGUGGUGAUUGCGGACAGCGGUUCCCUGCCGGUGGAUGAACCGUUCUCCGUGGAGAAGGCCGAUGCCUAAAUGCAUGGGAAUGAGUGGGCUCAGUGCGGGGAGAGAUGAACCUUUUUAGAAGAAUUUGCUAACAACAGAUAUUUCCCCGACCGUGCAUUUAUUGUGAUUUUGAUACAACUGCUGAUGGUGAGAAGAGUAAGAAUAAAUUCGAGAUUUUUAAUACAAA